AUGGCCGCCCCAAAAUUUCCCAUCCCCUAUGCUUCAAGUUCUCGUCUUUAUAUAUAAUUUUAAAACGCCAACUUCGUUUUCAUCAUUGAAUUGCUUGGACAAACUUCCAGUUCUAAUACAAUCACGAAAGAUGCCGGCUGUUACUUGCCACAUUAUUCCGCCAAAGCUCCUUCCUCCGCCGGCUAGCCCACCGUCUCCAUCCGCCCGACCUCCACCACCGAGAGCCAUCUCCAUCCCAGCACCCAACAGGUCGAUCCCUACCAUCUCAGUCCCCGAUCAAGAACAUGUUGAUGAUACUGCAGCUGCUUUCUGGGACUACCAGUUUCUUUUUGUAUCUCAGCGGUCUGAGACUGCGGAGCCUAUCAUGCUCCGCACAUUGAAUGGGGCAGUCCCUGCCGACUUCCCUCAAGGCACAUACUACCUGGCGGGCCCUGGCCUGUUCAAGGACGACCAUGGGUCGACAGUCCACCCAUUGGAUGGGCACGGUUACCUCCGGGCCUUCACCCUUGGUGGGAAGGCGGGAAAAGUCGGGUUCAUGGCCCGGUAUGUGAGGACUGAGGCUCAGGAGGAAGAGCAUGACGCAGUGAGUGGGUCAUGGAGGUUCACGUACAGGGGCCCAUUCUCGGUGCUCAAGGCUGGAAGGAAGGUCGGGAACACCAAAGUGAUGAAGAAUGUGGCUAACACUAGCGUGUUGAGGUGGGGCGGCAAGCUCCUCUGCCUGUGGGAGGGCGGGGAGCCAUAUGAGGUCGAACCCAGCACGUUGGAUACAGUGGGAAAGUUCAAUGUCACAGGCAGAGGUGGCCACAGUCCCACCGCGGGAUCCGGUGGUGGUAGCAGGGUUUGGGAUGCUGCGGCUAGUGUCCUAAAGCCAAUUCUCUAUGGAGUGUUUAAGAUGCCCCCGAAGAGAAUGUUGUCGCAUUACAAGGUUGACCCAAAGAGGAAUAGACUACUCACCAUCUCAUGCAAUGCUGAGGACAUGUUGCUCCCACGCAGUAAUUUCACCUUCUACGAAUUUGAUUCGGAGUUCAAGAUGGUGCAGAAGCGAGAGUUCACCAUUCCGGAUCACUUGAUGAUUCACGAUUGGGCCUUCACUGACACUCAUUACAUUUUAUUUGGCAACCGUAUCAAGCUUGAUCCUCUUGGAUCACUAGGCGCAAUAUCUGGAUUGUCGCCCAUGAUAUCGGCACUGUCCGUAAACCCUAGCAAGCCCACAUCACCGAUCUACUUGCUGCCGCGCUACCCUAGUGAUCGGAGCAACCGGGCGACAGAGAGGGACUGGUCUGUGCCCAUUGAAGUUCCAUCGCAGCUGUGGCUGCUCCAUGUUGGGAAUGCCUUUGAGACCAUCAAUGAAGAUGAGGGGACUAUGGAGAUAAAGCUCCAGGCAGCUGCUUGUUCCUAUGAUUGGUUCAAUUUCCAGAAACUAUUCGGAUAUAACUGGCUAAGUGGCAAAUUGGACCCUUCCAUAAUGAAUAUCGACAAGGACGAAACCGAAUUGAUGCUGCCUCAUCUUAUUCAGGUAUCAAUUAAUCUAGAUGCUUAUGGAAAUUGUGAGAAAUGCGGGGUUGAGCCGCUGGGCUCAUGGAGGAAGUCAUCCGACUUUCCUGUAAUAAAUCCAGCAUUUUCCAGUGUCAGAAACAGAUACAUCUAUGCAGGAACUUCUUCGGGUUGUCGUCGAACGUUACCGCAUUUUCCGUUCGACUCAGUGGUGAAGAUCGACACCUUGACCAAAUCCAAAAGAACGUGGUCCGCUGGGAACAGGAGAUUCAUCGGAGAGCCCAUUUUUGUUCCCAAAGAGACGGCAGGAGAAGGAGAGGAUGAAGGCUAUAUUCUUGUAGUCGAGUAUGCAGUUUCAAUACAGAGAUGCUAUCUGGUCAUUUUGGAUCCAAAGAGGAUUGGAGAAGUUGAUGCAGCGGUGGCAAGAUUUGAAGUGCCCAAACACCUGAAUUUCCCUCUGGGCUUUCAUGGGUUCUGGGCAAGUGACAGCCCGUAAAUUGUUCAAAACCUGGCACUUCCAAAUGUUUUAUUUAUAUUUCCCAACGAUUUCCGAUCUUAGUUCAUAUACCGUACCAAAGAAUAUUAAGGGAGCAGAAUAGAAUCACCACCCUGAAAUUAUGAAACAGAGCGCCAGCUAUGUCCAUCAUAAAAGGGCGCCAAGAAUCAGCCAACCAAAUCCUGAAGAAGGUUUAGGGGAAAGCUUCUCGGAGUUUUGUUGGCAGAUCAAGCUCAGGCUCAGACGAACUCAGAGGCGAAAAAUAUUGAUCCACCAUGUCCUUGGAGACGUUCUCUAGGCUCGGUGGGUCCCACUGCAGCCAAAUGAGAUCAAUAGUUGAGGUUGUCGUCCAAGAUAUGAACAAACAUGGCAUUGUAGUGAGGUGUUCUCUUUUUCAAGGCAAAGCUUCUGCUUUAGAAACGAUCUGUGACAAACAAAACCGCAAACUAUUGGAAUAUUUUAAGGAUCAGAUA